AAUUCAGAGGCAGAAAGCUAUCGUGUACAAACUGUACAGGCUAACAUCAGCUGUUUUGCAUCCUCGUGUUACCUGGAGGUGUUUUAAGUUCAAGUAAAAUCAGUUUACUCGUUGACAUUAUGGGGGAUAUACAUUUUUAAGGGGGAACCUUUCAGCUGCGUGCUUCAUUCCUACCCGGACUACUGUCACACCGGGACCGUAAAUACACCGUCGUAGCUGGUUCCAGAGGUUGGGAAAUGAUGGAGAUUUAACACAGAAUAAUACAGUUUUCAAUGAAACAAAGGGGUGUUUUCACUCGACGUGAAAGCAGAGGUGUGAGUUCCGCAGGUUCCGGUGUGAGGCUGUGAUUGUAUCCGGGGAUGGAGUCGUGUCGGCGGACCCUGUGCUCCCUCUCUCUGCUGUGUGUCCUCCUGGACAUCCAGCUGGACGGUGUCUUAGGGGCGACCCAUGUCGAGAUCGAGCACCACUUGGAGAUGGGCCGCAAGCUUUUGGCUGCUGGUCAGCUGGCAGAAGCCUUAUCCCACUACCACUCAGCUGUGGAGGGAGACUCUAAGAACUACCUGACCUACUACAAGAGAGCAGCGGUGUUCCUAGCUAUGGGAAAAUCCAAAUCUGCUCUCCCUGACCUCACCAAGGCCAUCCAGCUCAAACCGGACUUCCUUGCUGCCAGGUUACAGAGAGGGAAUAUCCUUUUGAAGCAGGGCAACACACAGGAGGCCAGGGAGGACUUUGAAGCAGUGCUGCAGCGCUCCCCAGACCACGAAGAAGCUCGGGACCAGCUGAUGAAGGCGAACGAGCUGGAGGAGCUGCAGGAGGAGGCCCAUGCUAUGUACCACCAAGGAGACUACAGCUCCACCAUCAACGUGCUGGAGAGAGUCGUUGAGAUCUCUCCCUGGGAUCCGGACUCGCGGGAGCUUCGCGCAGAGUGCUACAUCCGGAUGGGGGAUCCUCAGAAAGCCAUCCUGGACCUGACGCCGACCACGAGGCUACGCAACGACAACCGCGCCGCUUACCUGAAGCUCAGCACGCUGCACUACAGCCUCGGAGAUCACCACGAGUCACUGAAUCACAUCCGGGAGUGUCUGAGGCUUGACCAGGAUGACAAAGAGUGCUUCAGCCAUUACAAGCAGGUGAAGAAGCUCAGCAAGCAGCUGGACUCAGCAGAAGAGCUCAUCGAACAGGAGAGCUACCCGGAAGCCAUAAGUAAGUAUGAAACAGCUAUGGAGACGGAGCCCAAAAUCCCGUUCUACACAAACCUGGCCAAAGAGAGGAUCUGCUUCUGCCUCAUUAAGAUUCCUUUGACUCUGAAGGCCAUAGACGUUUGUUCAGAGGCUCACCAGAGAGACCCUCGCAACGCCAACGUCCUCCGAGACCGAGCCGAGGCGUACAUACUCAACCAGGAGUACGACAAAGCUGUGGAAGACUACCUCGAAGCCAAAGAGUUUGACAGCGAAGGCGAUCGCAUCGAUCUCAAAGAGGGGCUGGUCCGAGCUCAGAAACUCCUCAAAAUCUCUAAAAAGAGGGACUACUACAAGAUCCUCGGUGUGAGCAGGUGGGCAAACAAGCAGGAGGUCAUCAAGGCGUACAGGAAGCUGGCGCAGCAGUGGCACCCCGACAGCUUCCAGUCCGAGAAGGAGAAGAAAGAAGCGGAGAAAAUGUUCAUCGACAUCGUGUCAGCUAAGGAGGUCCUCACUGACCCAGAAAUGAGGCAGAAGUUCGACGCCGGUGAGGACCCCCUGGACCCGGAGAACCAGCAGGGUGGAGGGGGAGGAGGCCAAGGCUGGGCUCAUCACUACAACCCCUUUGAGUCCGAAGGCAACUUCCACUUCAAGUUCCACCACAACUAGAGAGGAGGACUUCAUGGACACGUGACGGGGGAUAGCGGGGGGAGUGGGGGGGGGACAUUUUGUGAGGAACGACAGUAGAAUUACGGAGAAGUCUACCUCAGAACUUCCAAGUUUUCUCGGUCAAUUGACAUUUUUAACGCAGCGGAGGCUUGAGCUGCACCGUGAAAACAAAAAACGGACUUCUUCCCACCAAAACUAAGGAUCUAGCUUAAUGUCGCUGUGGGGGAAGGAAACGAAGUCUUGAGAUCCUCAUGAAUGGAAAUAUGGUUUAGCAGAUGUCUGCUCUUGUUACUCAUUUCUUACUUUGUGCCAUUCUUUUAUCAACGGCCUCUUUUUUAAUGCAGUAGCUGCUCGGACAUUUCAUAGGAAGUUGAUUUCUGCUCGCAGUAUUCUCUCACCGUGUCAAAUCUUCUCCGUACUAGAGAAGAUCUUUUGUACAUCAGGAGGAGUUCGUUGAGCUUCUACAUGAAGGGUAAGUAGGCAGGACUUUAACAGUAUCAAAGGAAACAUUGUGGAAGCUUUGGAGACGAUUGGAUCUUAAUUUAAUGCCGGGACGCGACUGUUUUUGAUUUCAUUUGUUCUUACCAGCUAUCUAAUUGGAAUAAUGUGUAAAUUCUGUACUCGGUUGAAAAUACUGGACCCUAAAACCCUGCAUAUUCACCUGUUCAAAUGGGGAAGAGAAUCAAUAUUCUGGACAAACAAACGCAGCAACUACGACAAGAGUUGUAGUAAUAUGCUCGUUCCUUUUAUCACUCAUUUCCAAGCACGUCUUUUGCACUUUUACCUCUUUUGUUUGAAAACCACUCCACUUCUCCUCCUUCUCGAUAUGUGUUUUAUUGACUCCUAACAAUAACCGACAGCCUCAUUUGCAAAAAAGUAAUACAGAAAAUGCACAUUUGAAAUGUCAGCAUAACGGUAUAUUUAGAUAAUUGGUCGAACAGGAUGCACUGAGGCACGGUUUGGAAACUUAACCAUUAAGUUACAGAUGAAGUUGGAGUGCAGUUUUCAACUAAGGUGACGUCCUUGUCGAGUUUUGUCGGUAACAGCUUGAUGCUACAGCGACCGUAACAGCCUCCAUCAUGUCUCCUGCUCGUCGGCGUGAACUGAAUGCGAGCGGCUCUUUGUGUUUAAGACGACUGUGUGGGACAGGUUUUUGUUUCUGGGAUUUCUUUUUAGGGGUUUCUGCGGUAAGUGGCAUCAAUUUUACGAUUGCCAAACUGAUUCAGCUGACAUGCUCAAGCUAUUAAAAUAUUGAAACAAA